ACGUCACCGGUUAAAAAGAACUUCCGCAACAAAAUGGCGGGUGCCAGGUCGAAUUUUAUGCAGUUUUUCUCGCGGGAUAAGGUGAAUACAUUCAGACCAAAGAAGAAAUUUGAAUCAGGAACACUAAAGUUCAACCUUCAUAAACAAGCAAAUGCUUCACUGAAUUCAGGGAUAGAUUUGAAAGAAGUAGUGAAACUUCCUCCUGGUGAAGAUCAAAAUGAUUGGGUAGCAGUCCAUGUUGUGGACUUUUUCAACAGAAUAAAUUUGUUAUAUGGGACGAUAUGUGAAUAUUGUACAGAACAGACCUGUCCUACCAUGUCAGGGGGACCCAAAUAUGAAUAUCACUGGUGUGAUGGAGUACAUUACAAGAAGCCAACAGCCUUACCUGCCCCCACAUAUAUCACCUUACUGAUGGAGUGGGUGGAGGCACAGAUCAAUGAUGACACAAUCUUCCCCCUCACAUGUGGAGUUCCUUUUCCGAAGAAUUUCCUUACAACUGUAAAAAAGAUGUUGACACGUUUAUUUAGAGUAUUUGUUCAUGUAUACAUCCACCAUUUUGAUAAACUAGUAGCCAUAGGAGCGGAGGCACAUGUGAACACCUGCUACAAGCAUUUUUAUUACUUUGUUGCUGAAUACAACUUGGUGGACAAAAAGGAACUUGAACCUUUGAAAGAGAUGACACAGAAGAUCUGUCAUUGAGGGUCAGAGGUCAACACUCGUCAUUUCUUGUUAUAUUAACACCUUGCCUUCUUGUUGAUCUGACUGUUAUAUACACUUCUAUUUUUAAAUCAUUGGACAAUAGUUCGCACCUUAAUGAACUAGUGGUAUAGACACAUAUAUACAUGUAUGGACAGCACAAAUGAAAGAAUCGUAAAUAAUUGAACACUGUGAUUUUUAAACCCCCAAAUUUUCUGUUUUUGUAAAUCAGAGAUGGGGGAAUAUAGCUUCAAAGUCAGUUGAAAGUUGGAAAACUUUUUUUUUUUUAGUUUUUGUGUCAAUUUUUUUGUUAUUCUUUUAGCCCAUUACGGAACAGACUAAAAAUUAACAUAGCACUUAGCAAAGUUUGUUUAAGCACCACUCUGAAGAGUAUUAAACAUAUGCUUAUAUGGUUUCAGCCAAAAAUUACUACAAAAAAUUUCCUAUAAAACUUCUUAACAUUUAUAUUUACUCUAAACGAGAUAAGAUAAACUGAAGAAUUUUUUUUAAGCAAACAAAAAGUUUUUUUCACUUUUGAAGAUUGUUUGUUUAAAUACAGUUAUAAUAGUGAUUAUUUAUUUGUCAUUCACCUUGCCUCAUUCAGUGAGAUUUAGAAUUAGUUAAUAAAUUCCACCAAAACGUUAUUGUAGGGGAUUUUUAUUUUUUUAAUUUGUUUACAAUCAAUGUUUCAGUUUUUUACCACUGUAUCAGUAUUUUCUGCUAUGUCGCAAACCCCCAUCAUGCAAAUUGAUUGAAGUGCAUCUCAGGAUAAAAAAGUAGCCCGUUUAAAUACUUUACAAUGAAAUAUAUUCAAUAUACAAGUUUCCCACCUUAAAACAUUCAGGUUAAGCUUAGUAGGUAGAAUAUUGAAGAAAAUAGGUUAACGGGAACACAUGUUUUUGAGUGAUAGGGCAAUAUGUAUUUGGAAAUAAAUCAGAAUUAAUUUAGGAAAUGAAAUAUUACCAUAAUGCUACCUUUAUACUCAAAUCAAAAUGUUCAGUGGGGGAAAGAUGUCCUAAUAGUUAAGGUUUCCUCUUAUGAUCACAGUACGGGUUAGGUCAGAAAAGUGGACUUUUGAAAGACUUCAGUAAGCUUUAAGUAUUUUUGGCGUGCAGGAGUUAAGCUAAGAUAAACAUUUUUAAAAGGAAAAUUAUCCCCCCUGGAUUUGAAGUUGUUUUUUUAAUGAUUAUAAUUAUGUUUGCUGAUAUUCGUACUUUUAUUUUACAAUCAACUUGUGCUUAUAUAUCCCUACAAAAUAAUAAAAAAUAUAUAAAAAAUUACUUCUGAAGCUGAUAUUGACAAUGAUUAUAACUCUCUGUUUAACUAUGAUAUAUUAUUGUGUUUUGUUUGGGUUAAAGCCCAUUUUAGUUAAAGAAAAUGUAUAUGUUUUAAAAUCAAAUGUGAUUGGAUUGGU